AAAAUUCUUUCUCACAUUUUCACAUAAUUAGCACAUUGCCCUACUUGCUACGAAAAACUUAUCAUCAAACUCAGAAACACACACACACACACUGAGAAAGAGAGAUGCAGAGAGGGAUGAAUGAGGGGAGUUCAGGGCUCAACCAAGCUCUCAUUUAGGAUAUCAACUGGAACUGAAAAGGUGACUUCUGCACCCAAAUUACUGCCUUUAAAGACACCAGAUCAACACUGUUGCUGGCCGGAGCAAGUGAUUUUCCAUUAACUCAAGCAAUGCAAGAAAAAGGGCGGCAGGCAGAGUUUGAUCCCAUAACUGAGAUGGAGAUUUCAUCCAUUCUGGAUUCUGGACUACCUUCCCACGAGAAAUCUGCACUGCUGGCGUCGUAUUUCAGUGAGGAUAACACGAGUGGCAGUUCUUCGGGCAUCACUGUCCAGGAAAAAACUAAUCAUAAGAAAGCCGACACGAAGAGUAAUGCUCCUCCAGAGGAAAUAAAAAAUAAAGCUUCUUGCAGUUCUUCAGGAGUAGAGCUCCAGGAAAAAAAUAAACACAGGGAUGAAGCCAACGCAAAGGAAGAACAUAAUAGUGAUAAAGAACCAGAAUUGAAGGAGUCGUCUCUGUCACAUCCUUCGUCUGAACAAGGAAAAGGUAAGCACAUGGGAGCCAUGGCAAAGGAAAAAGACAAUGAUCACUUACUCUGCAAGGAUGAGAAAUCAGAAGUGCAGGAUGAUGAUAAGUCUCUAUCACAUCCUACGUCUCAACAGGCAAAGACAAAGGGGGCCCUUGAUGAUCCUCUUACAAAUGAGGAGAUUUCAUCAAUAUUGCACUCCACUCUAUCUAAGAAGGACAAAUUAUCCCUGUUGAUACUUUCCAAUUUGAACGGGGUGGAAAACUCUCCAUUGGAAACUAAAACGUCCACGUCCACCACCCCAUUGAAAGUCGAGGUCAAGGAAAAAGUUCAACAUAAUGAAACGGAAGUGAAGAGAGACGUGGAAGAUCACUUACCUAGUGAUGACAGAAAGAUUGAUGAGCGUUUAUCACAUAGUUCGCCUCGACAAGAAGAACAAGCCAAGGUUUAUCCUAAUUUCAAACUAACUUCAGAUGAGAAAUCACAACCGUUGGUGUAUGAUCGUACUGAGGUAGACGUACGUUGGUCAAAACUAAGCUCGUCCAGCACUUCAUCGAGAAACGAGUUCAAGGUGAGAUGUUUUUGCCCAGUGACAAAUUUAUGUACCAUUUUGGUUAUUAAUUAUUAUACAAUAACAACAUAAAAAAUUAUAGUCACUUUUUUCCGAGAUAAAACUGUUAGGAGAGGAAGAGGGACAAGGAGUAGAGAAAAAUAAACUUAAGAUUAAUUUCUAUGGAAUUUCUUUGUCUUGUCUUACAAAAUGCCAACUUACAA